CGUGCGUGCGUGCGUGCGUGUGUGUGUGUGCACGCUCAUCCAUGCUGUAAAUGGAUUGCUAAUGAAGAACGUCUCAGGUGAAGCCCCAAAAAGGUAGGAGAGGAAAUAAAGGAGUGAGAGCCAGGUAAAAGGAGAAGGUAAAAAUAGAUGGUGAAAAAAUACAGACCUGAAGGAGGGGCAGAGAUGGAUGGGAGAAGGAAAGGUAUGUGAUAGAAGGAGGCAUCGAGAAAAAAGAUCAUAGGAGAGGAGAAGCUCUGUGAUACGACACACAGACAGACACACACAUCUAAUGAGCACUCGUGGGCUUUUACACAAUACUGGAUCUACUCUGAGUUGUUUGAAGAAGCGCAGAAGAGAUCAGUUUGAAGAAUCUGCUUUGAUCAAGAUCUGUGAACUCUUUUGCACGACAUCGGCCACAGCAGCUAUGCACCUGUUACCUCUUCUGCUCUUCUUGACUAUGACCCUUCAGUUUGGUUUCAUUAUGGGUGGAAGAGCUCAACGCAAACAGAGGCAGGCAGAAGAGAAGUUGAGGCCAUACCUGGGCAGAGUGGAUCCAGAAUCACUGUGUCAGUUGUUAAAAUGUCACAGUCCUAUUGGUUCCUGGUGCCAGGUAGUGGAAGACAGAGGCAUUCUUGUCCCAAAGUGUGUGUGUCCAAAGACUUGUCCUCGGCAGGGGGCACCAGUGUGCAGUGUUUUAGGCAAGAUGUACAGCAAUGAGUGUCUGCUUCACAAGGAGGCCUGUCGUAAAAAACGACGCAUUGGCAAAGCACACACCGGAGCAUGUCUGGUGAGUGCGUCACAGUGCACUGAGGAUGAGAUGGGGCAGUUCCCUUAUCGUCUCCUCGACUGGUUCUUACUUCUCAGCAGAAUGGGAGAGAGAUACACACCGGCUGCUCCAUCACAAAGCUGCCUGACACAUACACAACGAACCCAGCUCGCACAGACGAGGUUUGAUCUGCUGGAUCGUAACAGGGAUGGCAAGUUAAGCAGGAGAGAUCUGAGGAAGCUUCAUUACAAGCGGAUGCCACUGGAGCACUGCGCACACCGAUUCUUUCAGUCAUGUGACAAAAACAAGAAUAAGAAGGUGACCCUGACAGAAUGGACUUCAUGUCUGGUUAACCGGUCGGAGCGCUGGUUUCAGGAUUUCAUGUCUAUGAAGAUGGGCUCACCAAAGCUGUGUCCUGUCCAAGACAAUAACCUUUGAUUUCAGAUGUUUUUGGGUGACUUCAUGUAUUUCUGAUCCGGACCACUGCUGAAUCUUUCGUCCAAAUAAACGAUUCUUGUAAAGCUUCAUUUAUUAUUCAUAUAGUUAAUUUUUCAAAUCUAUAUGCAACUGAAACAUUAACAUUAUGUCUAAACGUCCUUUCUGCAUGUUUUUUGCCUUUUAGUCAACAAAAACUGCUUUUUGAGGGACAGCGGUCAUGUAUCAUGGAUCACACAAGCAAUUACUGCAGAGAGGGACAGUGAGAGAGAGCGAUUGGGCUAUAACCUUAAACAGAGGAAUGGAGAGCAGAUUAAUUGAAGGGUGGUGUUUAAUAGGAGAGAGAUGGAGAGAGACGGACGACCCAUGAGAGAGAUAAAAGACUACGUGAGGAGGGAUGAGAGGAAUAGAUAAUAUGGCAGCGAGGGAGAAGGACACGGAAAAAGAGCGAGAGAAUAUCGUAAUGCACUCAGAGAACGGGUGGGGACGGGCGAGUUACAGUAAACCAUCGCAAAUGGAGGAGAGAAAAUAGAUUGAAGCAUGAAAAUGGAUGAGAAAAAGAGAGGGAGAGAAGAAGACAGGGGGAGGGGUGUGAGACAGAAAGAAAGAGUUGAAGAAGGGUGUUAGAUAGACCGAGAUUGUUGGUGGAGAGUUUAACUAAAAGGUAUCUUAUCGCAAAGUACAGUAACUUUCAUCAUUGAUGGGUCUCACGCUUUCUGCCAAAACUGAUUCUCAACAUCUGAAA